AUGUCGUCCGGUCCGUCGCCACAUCGUUGGGAUAUCGCAAAGUACUCCCGCCACAGGCCCGAUGCCGGUGGUCCUUCGCCCAACGCCUGGCAAUAUGUGGCCGACAAGGAUAUUCGUCUACUUUUCACCGAACCCAAUCCGCUCUUUCCUGCUGUGCCGUCGCUGCGGGUUGUUGUUCACCAGGGCCCCAAGCCCAUUACCUUGGAGAGUCUCGUCAUCAUACCGUCGCUGAGCCUGAAUUUGCAGGUCUCAGAGGAUGGACUGGUGUUUCAAUACCUUUGCGAGCAGCGCACAAGAAAGUUUCAGCUUCGCUUUGUGGAGUCCGGAUCUGUCGCCCGCGUCCUGGCUGUGCUAUCCAAGUACAUCACCGUGCCCGUGGAUCUGCCUUUGGACUCCCACGCCACAUCCCAGUCGAUUUCGGCAUCUCCACAGGGCCCACUCACGCAGACAUCGGAUUCGGGUAGCACGGUUCUGCUUCCAGCAACGGACUCGGGCACCGUCUGCGACGUUGGAUCGGCCAAGCGUGCGUUGAUGUCAUUGAGCGACGAGCAGAUCAUAUCUCUUGUGCAGUCCAUCCGCCAGGACCCAGCCUUCAAAUUUGUUCGUGAACGAGUCAAGCGGCUGUGUCGCUCGAUCCAGUGA